CCGUAAAGCGCGGCGGCGUGGUGGGAGAGGAGCGGCGGCGCUGCCGUAAAGCGCGGCGGCGCUGUGGGAGAGAAGCGGCGGCGGCCGUCUGACAGAGGCGUCGCGCGGCGGCCGUAAAGCGGCGCGGCCGGCCCGGGCGCGGGGCGGGAUGUCGGGCCCGGGCGGGGAGCUGCACCCGCGCACGGGGAAGCUGGUGACGCUGUCGCAGGGGGGCCGCAGCGCCGCGCGCUCCCAGCCGGGCCAGGAGUUCAACCACGGGCUGGUGCUGAGCCGCGAGCCGCUGCGGCCCGGCCGCGUCUUCGCCGUGCGCAUCGACCGCAAGGUGAACUCGUGGAGUGGCUCCAUCGAGAUCGGGGUGACGGCGCUGGACCCCGACCACCUGGACUUCCCUAGCAGCGCCACGGGGCUGAAGGGCGGCUCGUGGAUCGUCUCGGGCUGCUCGGUGCUGCGGGACGGGCGCUCCAUCCUGGAGGAGUACGGCCAGGACCUCGACCAGCUGGGCGAGGGCGAUCGUGUGGGCAUCCAGCGCACAGCCGCUGGCGAGCUGCGUCUCUGGGUCAACGGGCAGGACUGUGGCGUGGCCGCCACCGGCAUCCCACCCCGCGUCUGGGCCGUGGUGGAUCUCUACGGCAAGUGCACCCAGGUCACCGUAGUGCCUGGCGAGCCGGAGGAGGCCGAGGACGGCGCGGCAGGAGAUGAAGCCCUGCCCCUGCCCCAGAACCAGAGCCGCCCGGAUAAAUUCCCCAACAGCCUGGAGGCUGAGACCGGCUUGUCCAGCAUGGAGCUGUCGGAGGUGGUGAGCAACGCCAUCCUGUCGGCCUACAGCGGCAGCCUGCUGAACGUGAGCCUGGGCAGCCCCCCGCUGGGCGAGGGGCCCCCGGGCGGGGGGGGCGCCCCCCUCACCUCCAACGACGCCCUGCUCUUCCACGAGAAGUGCGGGACCCUCAUCAAACUCAGCAAUAACAACAAGACGGCUGAGCGGCGCCGCCCCCUGGACGAGUUCAACAACGGCGUGGUCAUGACCAACCGGCCGCUGCGGGACAACGAGAUGUUCGAGAUCCGCAUCGACAAGCUGGUGGACAAGUGGUCGGGCUCCAUCGAAAUCGGGGUGACGACCCACAACCCCAACAGCCUGGAGUACCCCGCCACCAUGACCAACCUGCGCUCCGGCACAAUCAUGAUGAGCGGCUGCGGAAUCCUGACCAACGGCAAAGGGACCCGGCGGGAAUACUGCGAAUUCAGCCUGGACGAGCUGCAGGAGGGGGAUCACAUUGGCCUGACGCGGAAAUCCAACAACGCCCUGCACUUCUACAUCAACGGCAUUGACCAAGGCGUGGCUACCAGCCUGACCCCGCUGGUGGUGUACGGUGUGGUGGAUCUCUACGGCAUGGCGGUGAAGGUCACCAUCGUCCACAACCACAACCACAGCGACCGGCUGCGGCGGAACAAUGCCAUCAUGCGGGCGCUCUCCCCGGACGUGGGGCGCCGCGCCCUGGAGGCCAGCGGGGUGGGCGAACCCGAGCCGGAGCGCCUGCUCUUCCACGCCAAUUGUGGCCAGAAGGCGGCCAUCAUCAACGACGGGCGCACGGCCCUCCGCCCGCACGCCACGGACGACUUCAACCACGGCGUUGUCCUUAGCAACCGGGCCCUGCGGAACAACGAGGUCUUCCAGGUGCGGAUCGACAAGAUGGUGGACAAGUGGGCGGGCUCCAUCGAGAUCGGGGUGACCACGCACAACCCCACCUACCUGCAGCUACCCUCCACCAUGACCAACCUGCGCUCAGGCACCUGGAUGAUGACGGGCAAUGGGGUUAUGCACAACGGCACCACCAUCCUGGACGAAUACGGGCACAACCUGGACCGACUCAAGGCUGGUGACACGGUGGGCGUGGUUCGCAAGGAGGACGGGACGCUGCAUUUCUUCGUCAAUGGGGUGGCGCAGGGGCCGGCCGCCUGGAACGUGCCCCCCAACGUCUACGCCGUGGUGGAUCUGUACGGGCAGGCGGCGCAGGCCACCAUCCUCGACGACAUGGAUCUCCUCCCGCUGCCCGACGACCUGUCGGAGGGCAACAACCAGCUGUCGCCCAGCAGCCCCUCGUCCGCGGCCUCGGUGAGCGACCUGCGCUUCCACCACCUGCACGGCGCCAACGCGGUGAUCACCAACGGUGGGCGCACAGCGCUGCGCCAGAACUGUCGCAGCGAGUUCAACGACGCCAUCGUCAUCUCCAACCGGGCCCUCCGGGACGGUGAACUCUUCGAGAUCGUCAUUCAGAAGAUGGUGGAUCGCUGGUCCGGCUCUAUAGAGGCAGGGGUCACGGCCAUCCGGCCCGAAGACCUGGAGUUCCCCAACACCAUGACGGACAUCGACUACGACACCUGGAUGCUCAGCGGCACGGCCAUCAUGCAGGACGGCAACACCAUGCGCAACAACUACGGCUGCGACCUGGACUCGCUGACCACGGGCUCCCGCAUCGGCAUGAUGCGCACGGCCAAGGGCGACCUGCACUACUUCAUCAACGGCGUGGACCAGGGCGUGGCCUGCUCUGGCCUGCCCCCCGCCAAGGAGGUGUACGCCGUGGUGGAUCUCUACGGCCAGUGCGUCCAGGUAUCCAUCACCAGUGCCACGGGCCCCAUGGACAACAGCCUGUCGACCAGCAACGUCACUGAGAAAUCCUUCCCCAUCCACUCGCCAGUGCCGGGCGUGGCUCACCGCUUCCACAGCAGCUGCGGGAAGAACGUGGCCUUCCAGGACGACGGGUGCCGGGCCGUGCGCGUGGCCGGCUACUGCCACGGCAUCGUCUUCAGCAUGAAGGAGCUGAAGGCCGACGAGGUGUUUGAGGUGAAGAUCGAGGAGCUGGACGAGAAGUGGUCGGGCUCCUUCCACGUGGGGCUGACCACGUUGCUGCCCUCCGAGGUGCCCUACGCGGCCACGGGACUGCCGGCCUCCCUGCUGGACCUGCACUCCAAGGCCACCUGGCUGGUGGCCGGCUCCGAGGUGCGGCGCAACGGCCAGCUGCAGAAGCAGAACUACGGCUGCUCGCUGGAGAGGCUGGGGGUGGGGAACCGCGUGGGGGUGAAGCGCUGUGCGGACGACACCAUGCACAUCCUGGUGGACGGUGAGGACAUGGGGCCGGCCACCACCGGCGUGGCCAAGAAUGUCUACGUGGUGCUGGAUCUGUACGGGCGCGUCACCGCAGUCUCCAUUGUCAGCUCCACGGUGCUGGAGGAGUCGGACGGCACCAAGCCCCCGUCAGUCGCUUCCGAGACGUAUAGCGAGGAAGAGGAGGAGGAGGAGCCCACGCCUUGUGAGAACGAGGCCCCCGUGCCGCCGGCCGCCAUGGAGUUCCUGGAGAACCACGGCAAGAACAUCCUGCUGUCCAACGGCAACCUGACGGCCACCCGCGUGGCCAGCUACAACCAGGGCAUCGUGGUCAUUGCCCAGCCCCUGCCCCCAGGCCAGCUGUUCCAGGUUCAGAUCGACUUCCUGAACCCCCAGUGGACGUCAUCGCUGUCCCUGGGCGUCAUCGGCACCUCGCCCGAGCGCCUCAACUUCCCCGCCACGGCCUGCUCCCUCAAGCGCUCCGCCUGGCUGCUGCAGCGCGACUCCGUCUUCCACAACUCACUCAAGAUCUGUGAGAACUACGGGCCCAAUCUGGACACGUGCCCCGAGGGGACGGUGCUGGGCCUGCUGGUGGACUCGAGCAGCUGUCUGCACCUCUACGUCAACGGGAUGGACCAGGGGGUGGCCGCCCAGGACAUCCCCACCCCCUGCUACGUGCUCGUCGACCUCUACGGGCAGUGCGAGCAGGUUACCAUAGUAACGAACGACACACCAGCGCUGGGAGGGGAGAGCUCGGACCCCCACUCCCAGGGGGACAUGGAGAAGGCAGACAUGGUGGAUGGCAUUAAGGAGAGCGUGUGCUGGACGCCCCCCGUGGACAUGAACACCAUGAAGACCUGCGAGUACCACGCCCUCUGUGCCCGCUUCAAGGACCUCCUGCUGCUGCCAGACAACUACUUCGCAGAAGAUCCUAAAUUCAGCCUCUGCUACUGUGAGUCGUGCCACAAGCUGCGGGGGGACGAGGCCUAUUACAAGCGGGGGGAGCCCCCCCGGGACUACGCCUUGCCCUUCGGCUGGUGCCGCUUCAACCUCAGGGUGAACCCCCAGCUGGAGGUGGCCAGCACCUGUAAGAAGUGGCACAUGGCUUAUCACGGCACAAGCGUGGGCGCCGUCCGAAGGAUGCUGGACCAAGGGGAGCUGGGGGCAGGUAGGAGGGACCCAGCACUGUGCCCGUCAUGCCCCUCCCACAGCCAGGGAGAGAACCCAGGAGUCCUGGCUCCCAGCCCCGCCUGCUCUAACCCACCAGUCCCCUCUCCCCUCCCAGAGCUGGGGAGAGAACCAUUCCGGGACCCCAAGUCUCAGCGGCAGCACGGGGUGCAGGUGGCCUUCCAGGUGUGCGUUCGCCCCGGCUCCUACAAGCCGGGCCCCCCGUCGGCCGGGGCCCCUGACCCCCCAGACCCCCGCUUCAGCCCCGCUGAGCUCGAGUGGGUCACCAAGGAGAAGGGGGCCACCGUUCUCUACGGUCUGCUGGUGCGCGUGGAGUGA